GCGUGCAGCUAACGGCACUGAUAGUUCUCACGUCUGCUGGAGCACGAAUCCGCCGACGCGACACCCGCGUCGAAUGGGGACCGGUCGGUGGUCCUCGAUUGCGCGAUGAACUGCGAGUGAACCUGUUGGGCAUCCGCCGUGUGCAAACACUCGUCGAGGACGGGGUCCACGAACAUCGCGAAGAGGCUGAGGGAGAGACAUGCCGAGGUGCCGACGAGGAGCGACCUCGCGUGGCCAGGUCCUCCUCCUGCGUCUGCUACUGGUUUGCGCGCUCAUCGCCACCGGUCACCAAGAGGAAACAGUUCGAUCCUGGGACAAGCUCUCACAGUUGAUACCAACGAAUUCGGUGUACGAGAAGCAAGACCGAAAUGCAUCACCGUCCAGCAACGAGGCGGAUGCAUCGCUGGCGCACUUGCCAGGGGAAAACAAUGUGAUGGACAUAUCGAAAUCAAAAGAGGGAGACAAUCGCAAAGGAGAGGAGGAAGAGAAGGAGAAAGAACCUAAGCUGACGUAUGACGUCGAGGAAUACGAAGAUGAAGAUAAGCACGAAGAGGAAGAGCUCGAGGAGGAGGAGGUUGAACAAAUGGAGGUGGAAAAGAAAGAUCUUUCUGAUAAUGAGAAUGGCGCAACAAAGAAAGAGAGAUCUCCACCGGAAACCAGCAGCGUGUCGAAUAUUGAAACGGGAGACAAGGAUGGGGAUUAUCUCGAAGAUCUCCCGACGAAUCAAGAUGACAAUACGUAUUAUUAUUAUGAAGAGUACGAAAAUGGAAAUCGUUCUCGGUAUGACGCUGAAGAAGGUGAAAAUCUCGACUAUUUAGACACGGAAUCUGAAGAGGAGGAUGUCACGCCGGCGAAUUCGUCAGAAUUGGAACAUGGCGCUUUAGAAAAGAGAGAAGAAGACGUUUCGCACGAGUCAACUUCUAAUUCGUCGCGAAUUGUCGAAGAAAAAGUCAACAAUCCGAUAUCGUCGACUGAGUUGGAGCAAGGCUCGUCCAUGGAGGGUAGCGAUAAAACAUUCACUACGUUCGGCACAUCCGGGAAAAAGGAUUUCAAGAACGUUUCCGCCGAGGUCAGUUCUAUUUUGAUAGGCGGUGCCGUGGUCUCCGUGGUGACUACGAAGAGUGUGGUGAACGGUACAAUAUCAGUACCGACGACGGCCUCACCGGUUACCACAGAGCAAGUUCCGUCGCCGCCAUCGUCGUCGUUGUUACCCAAGAUAACCGAGGAACAUCCAGAAGUAACCACGGAAGACUCCGCGAGAAUCCUGGCUUCUGUGCAAACCAGCCGCAGCGUAUCGGGCGCGCGUUUUCUGCCGUUUCCAGUAAUAGAUCGCAUAGAGCAGGUGGAAGCACAUAGUGGAUCGCUUGAGAGCAAAAAGACGUUGCAACCACCGUCAACGGAGAGCAUUAUUGACAAACUCGACUGGGCGCAGUCCAAGCUAUCUAGCGAUCUUCUGCCAGCGGCUAUUCUCGGUACCGGUGGUUUCCGAAACAACGGUAAUACGUUGCAACUAGAUGUGUUAGCCGAACGAGAUCGCACAACGACGACGACGACUCGCAGGAGUUUCACGACCACGGCCAAGAUACCGGUCAUCGGGAAAUUCAUACCACGACGUUACAAUGACAGAAAACUGAAUUAUACCAGCACUAACACGGCAAAGCCGCGAUUUGAAACUACGGUCGACACUCUGGAAGGUUUGUUGCCUCGAAAUUACGUGUCGAGAGGAACUACUUCGAGUGCAGUUUCCAAGACAAAUUUCAGAUGGCCUUCUUCGAAACCGACAUCCACAGAAGCAACAGAAACAAAAACCACAUCGACGAUAUCACGAGCGAAACCUAAAGCCGACAUUAUCGUCCAAGAUAUUAGUGUAUUCCUGCCUGCAGGAUACAAACUAAAGAAAGAAGAUGCAGUUGUCACGGAGAAUUCCCUUCUCAGCGAAAUCCUCGCCAAAUCUAAGGUCGAUAUUUCGUCUCUCUUACCACCUGGCUAUGAUAAGAAGAAAGAAGAGGAAGAGUCCAAGUUAAAAGAUACUAAAACGACAAUAUCGACAACAGCAAAAACGGCGAUAGCGAAAAGUACAGGCAGCUCUCCGGAAAAGAUCGCCCCAUCUAUCCAUGAUCUCUUCGCGUCUUCUAAAGUCGAUAUUUCCGCCUUAUUACCUAAAGAUUACGAACAAAAAAAGAAAGAUUCCGUUCCAAACAAUAAAGCUACUGAUGACGUGAACAGCGAGCAGAAUAUGACAGAACGAACUGAUUCCGAGUUGCCUACCACAAAGAAAGCUGGUGGCUUGAAGAUCGUAUUUCCCAGUAGACCAGGUGGUCGCAAACCGAUCCAAAAAAUAACUACUCCGCAGACACCGCGUGGAGAUGGUCCAGGCACGGUAACGCCAAAAAUACAAAAGGGAUGGCCAACCCGAGCUACUACAGAGUUCACUGGAUGGCCAACUUCGUCCACUACGCCGAUCUCCAUCGAAAAGUUAUUGGAAGCAGCUCGCACAGCUACAGUAGCGUCGAUAAACAUGUCAUUUAUUCCCAGUACGAACGAAAUCUCGAGUACAUCAUCGUCGACGUCGACGACGACGACGACACCAAGACCGACUACUCCUGGCAUAUGUGAUGAUGAGUGCGAGGUCGCCGGCACAAUACGCAUAAUAGGAAACGCGACGUGGGUGCCAGAAUUGUACGAUCGAAACACUCACGAGUGGCAAGAACUUGCAAAUCACGUGGAACGAGAAAUGAACUUUAUAUUCUCGAAAUCCAGCUUUUUAAUGAAUUGGUACAAAAAUAUAAGGAUCGAUUCUUUCAGUCAAGGCAGCAUCUUAGUAGAUUACUUUGUCGAGCUAGCCAAUUUACAACAGAAAGUGAACACGCAAGAAUUAAAAGUGAUUUUCCACGACUCGCUCAGGACAUACAAUGCCAAUCGGUCGAAUGAAACAAGCUUGAAAGGUCCACUAAGGAUGGGAAUGUUUACUAUCGAUCCUAAGUAUACCGAUUUCGUAGUCAUACCUAAAGUAAAUAUGCCGCAGUAUAUCGAGAAGGAUGAUAGAUUGAUACCUCAGUGGGCAAUUGCAGUGAUAGUGAUAGGUGUCGGAGGUUUGCUAUUUAUUAUCGUGUUUGGUGUGUCUGUGCUCGUCAACAGGCAAAAUGGAUCGAAACUAAAACCGACCAUGUCGACUAUUUAUGAUGAAGAAGUGGUUAAGCACGCGUCGAGUCACAGAUCAAGUGACUAUUCGAAGCCAGUAACCCACACAAUAUGGACCGAUCCCGAUGUCUCUUGGAAUGACAAGUCUUUUGAAUCAAAUUCUAACAAGAUUUUGGUCGACAAGUCCUUCCAGGACAAGAAAUACAAUAUGUACGACAGUUGGCGAUCCGAGUGGAACGGUUAUUAUUACAAUCCUUCGCAUACGAGCAGCAAAUACGGUUACGACAGUACCACGAACUUGUCGAACCGUCACCAUCCCGAUUACGACACGAAUUUCUAAACGGCAAUAAACUGCAAUUUCUUCUACCAA